AUGCUGGGUCUCAGAGGUGCGCCCAAGUCCGCGCCCGGGGUGUACCCGCGAGGGAUCCCUUACUGGCGCGUGCUAGUCGAUCACGGCGCCGUCACGCAAGAGGUCCUCGACUAUGAGUUCGCUGGCUCGGGCACCGAGGAUGACCCCUACGCCGUGACCUGGAUUCCCGACGACGCGCGCGAUCCCAAGUUGUUUAGUAGUCUCAGGAAACUAUCCAUUACUCUAACGGCUGCGGCGACCACGCUCAUCGUCUCCUUGGCUUCGUCUGCGUACAGCGGCAGCAUCGAUGAGGUCAUCUCGGACUUCAAUGUCAGCACGCAGGUUGCGACCUUAGGACUGUCGCUGUACGUGCUGGGCUUUGCUAUCGGCCCACUACUCUGGGCCCCCGUUGGCGAAGUCUGGGGCCGACAGGUCACGUUCUUCUUCAGUAUGUUUGCGCUGGCAGCCUUCCUGGCAGGCUGUGCGGGCGCUCAGAAUAUCUGGACGCUGUGUAUUCUUCGUUUCUUCGCUGGUAGCGUUGGCUCGUCGCCCUUUAGCAAUGCCGGCGGAACCAUCUCCGAUCUAUUCACAGCGAGACAGCGCGGUCUGGCGCUCAGCUUGUAUGCUGCAGCUCCGUUCCUAGGGCCAUCCCUGGGUCCCAUCAUCGGUGGAUUCCUUGGCAUGAAGGCCGGCUGGAGAUGGGUGGAAGGUCUGCUUGCUGCCACGGCAGGCUUUGUCUGGAUCCUCAGUACACUUGUAAUCCCUGAAACGUAUCCGCCGGUUCUGCUCCGUCGUCGCGCUGAGACCCUCUCAAAAAUGACCGGCAAAGUGUACCGAAGCAAGGUCGAAAUCGAUAACGGUCGAGUGCGGCUGGUAGACUUGUUGAACAAGUCUCUUCUUCGCCCGUGGGUCCUCCUGUUCAAAGAGCCGAUCGUUCUGCUCUGUGCAGUAUACAUUGCCAUCAUCUACGGUACCCUCUACAUGUUCUUCGAUGCUUUUCCCGUCGUUUUCCAGCAAGGUCGGGGAUGGAACCCUGGCGUGGGUGGCUUGUCGUUCCUGGGGAUCAUGAUUGGCAUGAUUAUUGGAAUUGGAUGGACGGUCCCUGCCAAUAUCCACUAUAUCAAGAUCAUGGAUGCCCAUGGAGGACAUGCGCCUCCAGAGGCACGUCUUAUCCAGUGCAUGCCGGGGGCGAUUUUGAUCCCCAUCAGCCAGUUCUGGUUCGCAUGGACCGAUUUCCCGUCUAUCCACUGGAUCGUCUCCAUCAUCGGGACAGCACCAUUCGGCACGGGAGUGAUCCUCAUCUAUCUGGGCAUCAUGAACUACCUGAUCGAUUCGUACACAAUCUACUCGGCAUCCGUGCUGGCAUCCAACGCCGUUCUGCGCUCUGUCUUCGGCGCCAUCUUCCCUAUUAUCUCAACAUGGAUGUAUGGCAACCUGGGCAUUCACUGGGCUCCGUCCAUCCCGGCUUUCCUGUCCGUGGCCUGUCUCCCAAUUCCGUUCCUCUUCUACAAGUACGGAUCCGCUAUUCGAUCCAAGUGCAAGUAUGCUGCCGAGUCGGCGGAGUAUAUGCAGCGCAUCAUGGCGCAUUCUCUGAAGGAAAAACAAGCGACUGCGAAUCAGUCUGAGCCGAUGAAGGCCCCCCAGGAAGAGUCCAAUCUGGAACGGGCAACGACACUGCAUUGA